AGGGGAGCGGUCGGAAAGGCGGCGGGCGGCCCAGCUCCUCUUGGCAGCCGAGGCCCUGGCUGGGAGGGGGGCGCCUGCCUGUCAUCCCGCGCGGCGGGCGGGGCGCGGGCGAGGCGCCGGCACAAAAGGGCUGCCGUCGCGCCGCCCCGUCCCACGCGGGGAGCAGCCCUCCGACCCGCCCCUGCGGCCGCCGGCGGCCCCCGCUCGCCUCGCCCUGCCGCCAGUCUCCUCUGGCCCGCCGCCUCUCUCUGGCUCUCUCCCUGGGUCCCAGGCCUCCCCUUCCCCUCCCGGCCAGCCCGCUCCGCUCGCUCCAGGGCUAGGUGGGGGCUGGGGCUGCGCACCGGAUAGACGGACCCACGGACCGACUGACCCGGCACCAGCUACAGGAGAAGCCCGUCAUCAUGGACCCCCCGUCCCUGGACACAGCCAUUCAGCACGCCCUGGCGGGCCUCUAUCCCCCUUUUGAGGCCACAGCGCCCACCAUCCUGGGGCAGGUAUUCCGUCUCCUGGAUUCUGACUUCCAGGGGGAUGGGCUGAGCUUCCUCCUGGAUUUCCUCAUUCCUGCCAAGCGCCUGUGUGAGCAAGUGCGUGAAGCAGCCUGUGCCCCGUACUCUCACUGCCUCUUCCUGCAUGAGGGCUGGCCACUGUGCCUGCGAGAUGAGGUCGUGGUGCACCUGGCCCCCCUCAACCCCCUCUUACUGCGCCAGGGAGACUUCUACCUCCAAGUGGAGCCCCAGGAGGAGCAGUCCGUCUGCAUCAUGGUCAAGUGCCUCUCCUUGGACCUCCGCACAGUGGACGCAAAGCCUGUUCCCGCGUCAUCCUACCCUACACUCUUCACCCAAACGUGGCUGGAGGCCAUCAACAGUGACUUUGAGGGAAGCCCUCUGCACAGCUGCCUGGUAGCUUCCGAAGAUGGGAUUGCCCCUGUGCCCUGGACCAAGAUAGCCAGCCCAGAGUUUGUGGAUGACAGACCCCAAGCAGUGAACGUCCUCUCCCGGGCCUGGGGGUCCCUCGAGUUAGAGGCCCUCGAUCUGAGCAGCCCUCCAGAGCCUCAUCAGCCCAGGCCCUCCGGCAGCCAGGGGCUGCUUGCCCGGAGCUUGGCCAAGGGUAAGGGCAGGACAUAUGGGAACAAGUACCCAGGACUCAUCAAGGUGGAACAAGCCAGGCCGGGGGAGGUGGCCUUUAGGAUGGACGAUGUGGCCAGCCAGGACUUAGAAGGAGACUAUGUGGCCCUCCUGGAGAGCAGAGGAGGGCCUCCCAGUAGGGAAGUGGAGACAUCCAGUGGGUGUCCUUUGGGGGCACUGGAGGAACCAUCCAGAACUAAGGAAAUCCUGCUCUCUCAAAGGAUGCCGCCCCUCUCAGGGGCCAGGGGGGGACCUUCCUUGGAAAAAUGGGCUUGUGAGAAGCCAGCAAGCUCAGAAGAGGAGCCCUGCAGGUUGGGCUCGAGGAGAAAGGUCAACUAUAAAGUUAACGCAUCCACCCAGGACUCAGAACCCCAGCCCCAGGAGCCCUACCUCCGCGUCCUUGAGGAGCCACCGCCCUGUGCCUCUGGCCUUGAGGCAGGUGGUUCCUCCAAGAUGCAGGGACCUCUGGGAAGCCCAGAAAACAUGGCGCAACUCAGGCCUGCACCAGAACGAGCGUCCUCCCUGCACCUGUGCUCGGCUUCCCCUCCUGCUGCUCCAGCCCCUGAAACCAAGUUGGAAGAGAGGGCCAAACAGGGGCACGGGAGACUUCCCAAGCCUGAGACUGGCCCCAGUCAGAAUACCUCCUCUUCUACAUCCCCUACUUCUGGGCUCAGAUUCUCCCUCUUGAAAGGGCAGAGGCAAGCCCCUGGGCCCCCAGAGAAAGCCUCCCUCCAGCCCGACAGGCCCUGGAAAGUCUUGCGUUCGCCCUCGUCUCCCACGACCAACCGAGUCAAGAGCGUGGGGAAAGCUGGAAAGACUCAGACCGAAACAUCUGGCCCGGCUGCUGACUCAGGCCCACAGACUGGGGAAAAGGCCGGCUUCCCAGAAGUCCCUCCAGAAAGAGAACCCCCUCUGGAUGAGGAGCCCCCAGGGCCUGAGCCUAGGAUUGGGGCUCUGAGUGUGGAGAUCCUCCAGUCGAGGAUGGCAUGCCUGCCAGGUGGUCGGGACAGGGCCGGGAGGCGCCUGCUUCUGGUGUCAACCACCGAGGGGGCCUGGGAGGCACCGUGGUGCACGGCCUCGGAAGUCACCAAGCUGCUCUCCUACCUGUGCACUGUCCCCAGGCCUGAAGAUAAAACCAAGGGGCUGGCGGUUAUGAUUGAUUCCAGGAAACAGCCUCCACACCCUGGUCUGGUCAGUGCCCUGCAGGCCACCCAGGCCCUGGCCCCAGCCUCCAUCCGUGCUGUGUUCUACCUGGGAGAGAAGGAGGCUGCCUUCCAGCUGGAAACAUUGCCUGACGUCCAGGUAGAGGUGGUGACCUCACUGAGAGCUCUCAGCCACCACGUGGACCCCGGGCAGCUGCCCACAGCCCUGGAAGGCCCCUUCCCCUAUUGCCACAGCGAGUGGGUGCAAUUCUUCCAGAAGCUGGACCCCUUCCUUGCUGGCCUGCACCAGGUCUCCUCCUUGCUAAAGGCUUCCAUCAAGCAGUUUGAGAAGAGUGACCUCCCUGGAGGGGUGCAGGAAGCCUCCAGGUGUCUGAGCAAGUCCAAGGAGCUGAUGGAGACCGUGCUGAGGGACCCGGGGCUGCUGGGCCUCCAGCGGGAAGGGGGAGCCACUCUGGCCAGGCUACGGCAGGAAGCCAGUAGGCUGGACUUCAACCCUGACGUCAGGAGCCAUCUGGCCGAAGCUGUCGCCUGGUACGGCCUCGUGGACGAACAGCUGCAUGUCCUGGUCACUGCCUCUAACCACCUCCUGGGGGCGCUGGAGCUCCGCGUCCGCCUCGGCCGCCUGGAGGCUGCCAUCCACCAGGUCAGCAACUGGAUGGAGCAGGAGGGGAGCCGGUGCCUGCAAAUGCUGACCCCCAAAGACAGAAGCUUGGAGACUGUGGAGAAAGCCCACGCGGAGUUUGAGGACUUCUUUCUCCGGGCCGCGGCCCAGUACCGCCGGGGCCUGGAGCUGUCCAAGCAGGCAGCUCAGCUGGGAGCUGCGGCCGGAGGAGCAGAGCUCCCGGAACUGGUGGCCUUCACCUCCACCCAGCGGGCCUUCCAGGCCAAGCUGACCCACUUCUACAUGGCGGCCGAGCGGCAGCGCACGGACCUGGAGACGCUGCUCCGUCUACACCACUUCUGCAAGAAGAUAACCUGGUUUCACGUGGACUGUCAGGACCUGAUGAGGCAGCUCAGGCUGGGCAAGACCCAAAGGGCCAGCCCCGGAGACCAGCGCCUCGUCCACCGCUACCUGCGGCGACUGGCAUCCGAGUUCCCUGCCGAGAAGCUCACCGCCAUGGGGCUGCAGGUGGCCUCUCUGAGCCAGGAGGGCCCCGGCCAGGCCCUGUGGGAGGAGGCCCGGGUGAGACACGAGGAGAUCCAGACCCUCCUGAAGAGGGCACUGGCCCACUGUCCGUGCCCAGCGGGGCCCGCCGCCCACUCGGCACACCCAGAACUAAGAAAGGCAGCGGCCGAGGGUCGGGGUCUGAAUGCAGCGGUCGCUUCUAGGGGAAGGGGAAGGCGGGGCCUGCCCCUCCGGGACUCCCUGGGCCUGGAUCGACCGCCAAAUUCCUAUUGGCCUCGGGCCCCCCGAGAGGGGCAGAAUGGAAGUUUCCAGGCCGGCCUUCUGGCCCAGGAAGCUGGCCAGGCUGUAGAGGCUGAUGAAGGCAAAGGUCCCCGUGAGCCCUUUGAUCCUGCCUCGGAGCGUCUCCUUGCCCCUCUCGUCUCCUGGCAGUGACUCCCCAGGCAGAGUCACACCCCCCACCCCGCUGGAGGCAGCUUCUCCUCAGAGGGGACAGACUCACAGACGUCUCUGGAGGACUCACCCAGACAAGUCCCCUGCAUCUGUCUAGCUAGGACCCCCACCACUCACACCAGGCUCCAGGGGGUGGCUGGGGAGGGGCCCAGCGACAAGAGGCAGUUCGGGAGCCCUGGCUGAACCCCUCUGGACGUGGCUCCUGACCCUUGCUGUAUGUGUCGCCAGGAGAGGGCAGGAGCCUGAACCCGCUCUGAGCUCCAGGAAACUCCAGGAAGACCCGACUCACAUAGAAAUAGGGAGUAUGGAGGGCAGGGCAGGACAGAGUAGAGCCCGGGACCCCGGGACCGACUGCACAACCCCCGGUCCCGUCGUGGAAAGAGUAAUUGGUACAGACCCUUCCAGAAGUCUCAGAGGCAACCACCUGGAGUUCAGGGGUGCGCAAGCUUCCCCGUGGGGCUCGCGGGGCACCCUUGUCGUGAGCGGGGGGACUCGGGAGUGGCUUCUUAUCUGAGACACGGAUUCCAGUGCCCGUUUAUCCGGCGGUGAAUUCAGGAUCCUCUGGUGGAGGAGUAGAGGGGAGUCUGGGAAGGGAAUAAAGGGUGUGUUGUCCGGCAAAUCCCUGCACAGCCGGCUGUUUAUUCUCUGGGCCGUUGGCCUCCGCGAAGAGAAUCAUCUCCUAGAAGCCAGUUAGCACACCCCAAAGGAGUAAGAAUGCACUCUCCGCUCUGCUCCUCCCACCGGCGAGGGCCCUCUGUCUCACCUUCCAGGAACCCCACUUGUCCUGGCCCUCCAGAGAGAACCCGCUUCCCCUCCCCACAUGUCUUCUCAGACUCUAUGGGGUCCACUCCCCCGACCCCAGGACGCUCUUUAGGCACAGCGUCAUGGGGUUCUGCUGGUGUUGGGACUGGGUGAGAGUGGGGAACCACAUCCCCGUCCAGCAGGGGGUCAAGGUGGGGAGGCCUUCACACCUCUGAUCUCAGAGUAUCCAGAAGACAGCCGGCCUUUCACAUGGCCCAGAGUAACCCCUGCCAGCACCUCCCCGGAAUGUCCUGAUGCUGAGAAACUGUGAACCCCUGUCUCCACCUCCGGUGCGUUACCAAGGUGGCCCCCCUGGCAGCCCGGCCCUGGAAUUUUCCUGGCUCCGGACAGAGGGUGGGGCCCUUAGCUCAUCUGUGGAAGGAGAGGGAGGCGGCACUGGUGUGGAGGACAAGGCGAGUUUUUCCGGAGACAGCUCAGCAGGGAAAGCAACACAAACCUCAGUGCCCAAGUUGGCUUUCAGGAGUCUUCUAGGACUUAAGAUUUUGGCAAGUGUGGUCUGUGGCCUGCCUGCCUUAGGACCACGAGCAGAGCUGAUCAAAGGCAGCCUCCUAGGGGGUCCCGCCCAGAUAAUUAAAAUCAGGCCCUUGGGGCCAGGGCAUGGCUGGAAUCUGCAUUUAUAAUCGACCGCUCAGGUGUUUCCCAUGUGACACAGCGAGGUGGGGUGCUGCUGGGCACCACUUGGGGCUGGGGUCUGAGCUGGCCCCCCCACCCCAGGCUAGCUCUGUUUCUUGCAUUCCACUCUCCUGCCUUGCAGUCCAGACGGGCCUGAGGAUACAGGAGGCAUUUGAUAAGCCCGCCUCCCUCCAUCCAUGCCUGUCGCCUCAGACAGGGGGGCGAAGGCUCUUAAAAUGCUGUUGCUAUAGCAACAGCAUCCGACCAGUGGGGUCCACAGGCAGGGAGCCAGGGCACCUGGGGUGCAAGGAUGCAAAGUAACUUCUGAGAGAAUACAGACACUGCGAGGGUUGAGGGGGGCUGAGGAAGGGGACGGAUGGUCCUGGAAUUCUUGGAAGGGAGGGCUCCCCAAAGCCAUCUUGCACAUCCCUCUGCUCUCUAAAGAGAGCCAAAUCCCAUCACAGUAGCCCAUGGAGAGGGGAGGCCGAAACGAAAU